GACUACGUUUCUUUAUUACCACCACAACCGCCCUCAUCGCUGUUCACGAUGCCACCUAAAGCUGAUUGGGAAAAGUACAACAAGAAGGUGGACGAGAAGGAGGAGAAGAUAGUCUCUCUGGAUGAUAGUGACAUUCAGAUUCUCAAGACUUAUGGACAAGGCCCUUACGCGUCACAGCUGAAGAAAAUAGACGGCGAUAUUAAAGACAUUCAGAAGCGAAUCAAUGAGAAGCUGGGCGUGAAGGAAUCCGACACCGGUCUCUCAUCACCCAACCUCUGGGACCUUCCCGCCGAUCGUCAGCGUAUGUCUGCACACGCCUUCCAGGUCGCUCGGUGUACGAAGAUUAUUCCCGUGGACGAGAAGCAAGCAGAGGCAGCUCGAGCUGUGAACCCCGCAGGCGCUGCUCAAGGCCAGAAGGGCGCAGACGAACAAGACAAAUAUGUCAUCAACAUCAAACAAAUUGCCAAGUUUGUUGUCGGCCUUGGUGAUCGUGUAGCGCCAUCGGAUAUUGAGGAGGGUAUGCGUGUCGGCGUAGACCGACAUAAAUAUCAAAUCAUGAUACCUCUUCCCCCGAAGAUCGAUGCGUCGGUCACAUUGAUGCAAGUCGAGGAGAAACCAGAUGUGACGUACUCGGACAUUGGUGGAUGCAAGGAGCAGAUUGAGAAACUGCGCGAAGUCGUCGAGACACCAUUACUUUCUCCAGAGCGUUUCGUCGACCUCGGCAUCGAUCCGCCGAAGGGGGUCUUACUUUUCGGCCCACCAGGGACUGGCAAGACCUUGUGUGCACGUGCAGUUGCCAACCGGACAGACGCCACGUUCAUCCGUGUCAUUGGUUCCGAGCUUGUACAGAAAUAUGUUGGGGAGGGUGCGCGGAUGGUUCGUGAGUUGUUUGAGAUGGCACGAGGCAAGAAGGCUUGCAUCAUCUUCUUCGAUGAAGUGGACGCCAUUGGUGGGACGCGGUUCGACGAUGGGGCUGGAGGUGACAAUGAAGUACAGCGGACGAUGUUGGAGUUGAUUAACCAGCUCGAUGGGUUUGACCCACGAGGGAACAUCAAAGUACUUAUGGCGACGAAUAGGCCAGAUACCCUUGAUCCCGCGCUCCUGCGUCCCGGUCGUCUGGAUCGGCGAGUGGAGUUUUCAUUACCGGAUGCACAAGGCCGAGCGCACAUCCUCCGCAUCCACUCCCGAAGUAUGAGCGUCGAGCGGGACAUUCGUUUCGACUUGAUUGCCCGGUUGUGUCCUAACACAACUGGCGCUGAGCUACGGUCCGUUUCAACCGAGGCCGGUAUGUUCGCUAUUCGCGCUCGGCGGAAGGUUGCCACCGAGCGUGACUUCCUCGAUGCUGUUGAGAAGGUAGUCCAGCAAGGCACGAAGUUUUCAAGCACACCUCUCUACCAAGUGUAUAACUAGACUCCGCCUGUGUACAUUUUCUGUCUAUGUUUAAUUUAGCUUUCCCUGUCGUUGAGAAUGUACAUGUACAUGUGUGAACAAGAAGCAUCUGACAUCGAGCC